UCGCUCUGAUUGGUCCGUGUAAACAACGAUAGUUCACCACAGCCAACCAGUGAAACGCGGUUAAUGUCGUUUCGAACAUGGUUUUUCUACGCAAACCCCUCGCGCCACCAUCGGGGUGACGUCACGGUUCCCACACAACAGAGAGAUGCGCACUGAGUUAUAAGACGAGACGGUUGUUCAGUGCGGUAAAAAAAAAUUGAAGAAAAGCAAUAAGCAAUAAAGAUCCUGCCGAAUAGGUUUUUUGUAAAGAGGAGUUGGACUUUCUGUUGAAAAGGCAUAUAAUUUCUCAUAAGUUGUCUCUGUUGUAUAGCAGAUGAAUUUUGAGCAGCCUCCUCCGUACCAGGCCCCUGGUUACCCCCAGCAGGGUUACCCCCAGCAGGGUUACCCCCAGCAGGGAUACCCCCAGCAGGGAUACCCUCCCCAGGGUUACCCUGUAAACAUGGAGCAACCUGGAGGAUUCCCUCCUCAAAACCCAGGCUACCCUGCUGGCCCCGGGGGACCGCCUGGACCCUACCCCGGCCAGGGACAAGCAGGCCCCUACCAGGAGGGCUACCCUGGACAGCCCCAGUUUGGAUGGCAAGGAGGACCACCCCCAGGACCCAUGUAUGGAGAGGCACCUAAAAACACAGUGUACGUGGUGGAGGAGAGAAGGAGAGAUGAUUCAGGAGACACGUGUCUGACUGCCUGUUGGACGGCUCUCUGCUGCUGCUGCUUGUGGGACAUGCUCACAUAACCUCUGACCCCUGACAUUUACCCUUAUCUGCUUUGACCCUUACCCUUUACCUCCUAACCCUUAACCCAUAGUUCCUCUCAUCUGUAAUAGAAGUACUGGGAGAAAUAGAACACUAUGAGUAUCUGGGAAACCAGGCCUAAUAUUUAUAGCGGACUUUGAAAAGCCCUUUGAUAAAGUACAACCAGAAUUUAUAUGUAAAUGCCUGGACCAUUUUAAAUUUGGAGAGUCUCUUAUAAGAUGGCUUAAAGUUAUGUAUAGUAACCCCAGGUGUAAAAUAGUAAAUAAUGGCUACAUCUCGGGAAGUAUUAAACUGUCAAGAGGAGUAAAACAAGGUUGUCCACUAUCGCCAUAUCUAUUUAUUAUGGCCAUCAAAAUGUUAUCUGUUCAAAUCAGAUCCAACAAUAACAUCAAGGGGCUAGAAACACAGGGCUUAAAAACAAAGGUGUCGUUGCACGCUGAUCAUUCAUGUUUUCUUUUAAAUACGCAAUUUGGAUCCCUGCACAGCCUCCUAGAGAUGUAGAACCUUUUUCUAACCUCUGGAUUAAAACCAGAAUGAUGAUAAAUGCACCAUAUUACUAUUAGUAUUGGAUCACUAAAAAAGACAACUUUUACAUUACCGUGUAGUUUACCAAUAAAAUGGUCUGACGAUGAUGUAGUGGACAUACUUGGUAUACAUAUCCCAAAAGAAAGAAAUUAUCUCGAUACAAUAUAUAUUUAUAGAAAGUUAGCCAAAUUAGAUAUCAUUUUGCUACCAUGGAAAGGACGACAUCUGUUUAUUUGUGGAAAAAUUACCCUGAUUGAAUUUUUUUGUCAUAUCCCAGUUUACCUAUUUACUUCCUUAUGGCCCUGCCUACACCUAACAACUUGUUUAUUCAAUUAUAUGAGCAAAAACAUUCCAACUUAUUUUGAAUGGCAAGCCGGAGAAAAUUCUCUAGCAGAUAAAAAAAAAGGUUUAAAAAUGUUAUAAUCUUCGUAAAUGAUAUCAUAAAUAGGACUGGUGGAAUUAUGUCACACAUGCAGUUAACAAAAAAAUAUGGAAAUAUCUGCUCUACUCAAAAUUAAAACCAACUGAUUGCAGCAUUGUGGAAAGGGGAGGUAAGGAACGUGACUGUCGGCCCUGCAUUAAAGACCAAAAUUGGUUAAAGAAAAUUGUGAUAAAUAAAAAGUACAACAGUUUCAUUUAAGGACCAAAAAAAUGACAGCUGCACCAUAAAGGAUGAUAAAUAGUUGGGAGAUGUUCAAUGUACUGAUUCCAUGAUACCUGGUUUAUGAACUGAUACACAAAAUGACGCCGGAUUCUAAACAUAAGAGUUUUUCAAUUUAAAUUAUUAUCCACAAUUCUUGCAACCAACAUAAUGUCAUAUAUAUGGGGGAUACAACCAUCCCAGCUCUGCAGAUUUUGCUGUGAAGAGACAGAGGCAUUAGAUCACUUGUUUUGGUACUGUCCUGAUGUAGCUUGUUUUUGGUCGGAGGUUCAGGAAUGGCAAAAAAGAUUGCAACAUUUACCUGGAGCUAACUGCAAAUAGCACUGCUGGGUGAUUUGAAAAGUCAUAGUCAAUUGAUCAAUAAUGUAAUAAUACUCUUAAAUGUAAUUUACAAUCUGUAGGAACUAAGAAUAUAAAGUUUCAGAGCUUUUGUGAAACAUCACAGCACAGUGGAAAUCUAUAUAUAGAUGGGAGGGGUUGAGUGUAGCUGAAGGCUGGGAUGCUAAUGUAAAAUAUAUUGUCCAUAAAUUGUAGAUAGUAUGUAUAGGCAGGAAGUAGAAGCUUAAGUAUCGUUGUCCAUUAGUUUACUUCAAUUAGGGGAGUUGUGGUAGGGUUAGGGGAAAAUAAGAAAGUUAUUAAAAAAGUCCCUCAUUUUAUCUGAACCUCUAACCCCUAAGGUUUAACCCCUAACCCUGACCUAUCUGUUACACUGUCCCUCCAUCUGGCCUUACUUCCUGUUAGUCCACCGCAUUCCUCUCUCUCCCCCUAACUAUCAGCCUUACCCCUUACACUCCUGCUUUCCUUCCAAACGUCCAGCCUGAACCCCUGUACCUCCUGAACAAUGGUAGCAUUAUAUUGAUAACCUCUAUGUAUCUAUCCUUGUGCUCCUACACCUGACCUAACCCCUCUGUAGCAGUUUAGCUACAAUACCUUCCCUAAAUCUCAGGCACUGUACUGUAGAUAUUGCUUCUUGUGGAACACAAAUUCAUUCUCAAACACCACACACACAAUAUGCACUCAUAUCUCAGGCGUUCUACUGUAGAUGACACACAUAUACACGAACGAACACACACACACACACCAUGCACUCACUCUCUCUCUCUCUCUCUCUCUCCUGGGCACUUUAACAUCUUACCUCUGUAAGGUACUUCUCCUGCCUCCCUCCAUCCUCCCAAACAAACCUCUAGUCAUACCACCCCAUAUUCCCUAAACCCUAUACCACCCUAACAAAUGACUCUCUACACCGUAUCUGUCAUGGCUACCUAGACCAUUGGAUGCCAGUAAGCUACAGUGGCCCUUGCCAACCCCCUGCCCCCGCUGUACCAUGCUGAAGCUUGAACUGUCCUCUCCGUUAUGUUUGCACAACAGCUACUGUGGUUUCCUGUUUGUUUUAGGAUGAAUCCUAUGAGCUGGCAUCGAAUGCAUUUUUUAAAAGACGAUGACAAUGAACAUUUUAAUGUUUGAGUACAUGUACUAUUGUUCAAUGCUUGCAACGUUUUUCCCUGUUUAAUUUCUAGAUUCUGGAUGAAUAUGAUUUGAUCGCUAUGUUAUUUUUAAUAUUCUCAUUCCUUGAAGGAGAGAACAUGAAACAUAAAAAAAGUGAAUGUUUGUUACAUAGAUGCCUUUGCCUGACAUGAGAAUCUUGCGUUAAGAAUAAAUUAUUCCCCAAAAAGAGUCAA